AUGUCUGUCAAAGGGAUUAUCUCACUGGCCUCCAGCCGAAACGGCGUCGGAGCAUUCAUCUUACAGUGCAAGCGACUCGACUUUCACUACUGCGACUGGGCAGGCAGUUCCAAGGGCAUGAACUCCUUCAUCCGCGAAUUGCUUCCCGAGUUCGCUAGACGGAACCCCCAAGUCGAAAUCCGCAUCUCUCCCCGUCCACACAAACACCCCGUUAUCAAGGGCCACUAUAUCAACGGCCGCGAGAAGGCAAUCUGCGUACGAAAUCUUGAAGUACACGAAGUUCUCCAGAAAGCAAACCUGCUGAGGGAAGCCAGCGGAGAAAAGCUACGACGCACAACGAAGCCUGUUCUCAGUACGAACGAGAGUGUCAGAGGUAUCUGGUCUCCUUACCACGGAGACAUGAAGAAGAUAUAA